AUGGCUACACAAGAGACUGGAACAAACACUAAUCUUAUGACGUCAUUGCUUAUGCAAUGUUAUGAUGCCAGCAAUGAAUGUUAUAGCAAGCUUGAAAAUGACAUUUAUCAGUAUUGCAGUGGGUGCAAAAUUGCUCAAUCUUUAAGACAUUCCAAGCCACCUAAAGGCUUUGAAAAAUUUUUCCCCAAUGCUUCCAAGUCGCACAAAACACAACCAAGGCAAGGCUCAUCAGGUGGCAAAGAUGGAAACUCAGGUGGCUCUCCAAAAAAGCCAGAAGGAAAUGGUAGUGAAUGGUGGCGAGAUAUAUAUGAAAAUCCACAACAGUAUUUGUGGUUAGGUAUUGCAGUCAGUGUAGGAGCUGGAUGGUUAAUGUUGAGUUCUGGGGGAUAUUCAAAAGAGAUAAAUUGGCAAGAAUUUAGAACUAAUUAUUUAGCAAAAGGAGAGGUUGAAAAACUCAUUGUUGUCAAUAAAAGUUUUGUUCGUGUCUACCUGAAAGGUGAUCCAUUUAAUAGUUCCAUUUCAUUCAACAUUGGCAGUGUUGAAAAUUUUGAGAGACAUUUGGAAGAAGUUCAGAAAGAAAUGGGCAUUGAUUCUUCACAAUGGCUUCCUGUAACAUAUUCCAUGGAGUUUGAAUGGAUGAAGCAACUAUUCAGACUGACUCCAACAAUCCUCAUCAUUGGGGCAUUUUUGUAUUUCACACGUCGUGUCAAAUGUUUCAAGAAGACCUGGGGUGAGAAGAAUCAUUCAAAUGGUAUAUUUGGAAUGGAUGAAUCUAAAGCAAAGUUUUAUAAUAAAGAAACAAAUGUGAAAUUCAGAUUCAAUGAUGUUGCUGGCUGUGAAGAGGCCAAACUUGAGAUUAUGGAAUUCGUGAACUUCCUAAAGAAUCCACAACAAUAUCAUGAACUUGGAGCUCGUAUUCCAAAGGGGGCAAUCCUCACAGGUCCACCUGGAACAGGCAAGACUCUCCUAGCCAAAGCUGUUGCUGGUGAAUCAGGUGUUCCAUUCCUCAGUAUAUCUGGUUCAGAAUUUCUUGAAAUGUUUGUUGGUGUUGGUCCAGCACGCGUGAGAGAUCUUUUUGCUCAAGCUAAAAAUUCUCCAUGUAUCAUUUUUAUUGAUGAGAUUGAUGGUGUUGGUCGAGCCCGUGGUAAAGGUGGUCAGUUUGGUGGACAUGAUGAAAGAGAAAAUACUUUGAAUCAACUGCUUGUCGAAAUGGACGGUUUUACAUCAACAACAAAUGUUGUAGUUUUGGCUGGAACUAAUCGUGCAGACGUCCUAGACCCAGCACUUUUACGACCUGGUCGUUUUGAUCGACAAAUUACUCUCCCUCCACCUGAUAUUAAAGGAAGACUAUCCAUUUUCAAAGUUCACUUAAAGCCAUUGAAAACUGAUGUUGAUAUUGACACGGUGGGUCGUAGAAUGGCAGCUCUAACACCUGGUUUUACAGGUGCAGACAUUGCAAAUGUAUGCAAUGAAGCUGCUUUGAUUGCAGCACGUUAUCUUUCACCAAAAGUUGAAGUUAAGCAUUUUGAACAAGCUGUCGAGAGAGUUAUUGCCGGUCUUGAAAAGAAAACUCAGGUUCUUCAACCUGAAGAAAAGAAAACUGUUGCUUAUCACGAAGCUGGUCACGCUGUUGCUGGAUGGUUUCUUGAACACGCUGACCCACUUUUAAAGGUAUCUAUCAUCCCACGUGGAAAAGGACUGGGUUAUGCUCAGUAUUUACCCAAGGAACAAUAUCUUUAUACAAAGGAACAGUUGUUAGAUCGCAUGUGCAUGACUUUAGGAGGAAGAGUUUCUGAGGAGAUAUUCUUUGGUAGAAUUACAACAGGCGCUCAGGAUGAUCUCUCGAAAGUCACAAAAAGUGCAUACGCUCAGGUUGCGACAUUUGGUAUGAAUGAAAGGAUUGGUAAUGUCUCAUUUGAUACACCUCGUGAUGGUGAACCAACGUUUGAAAAACCAUAUAGUGAAGCUACAGCUCAACUUAUUGAUGAACAAGUUCGUGAUUUGAUUAAAACUGCUCAUGAAAGAACGACGGAACUUUUAUUGAAACAUAAACUUCAUGUUGAAAAAGUUGCUCAGAGAUUACUUAGUCAAGAGGUUCUCAAUCGAGAGGAUAUGAUUGAGCUGUUAGGUCGAAGACCUUUCAAAGAAAAUACCACUUAUGAAGAGUUUGUUGAAGGGACUGGUUCUGACGUUGAAGAUACUACACUACCAGAGGGACUUAAGGGACUCCAGGAUGAAUCUGAUUAUGAAGGGAAACCUUUACCUGUAUAAAUAUUUGUUUUUCGUUAGAAUAUAAUAUCCUAGCUGAAGAAGUUUUUGUUUAGUUUCCAGAACAUGUAAAAUAUAUUGAAUAUUGGAAAAAUUAUUUCUACUUUUCAAGUACAUAGAGGUAAUAGGACAGAUUAAUAUUUCCCUUUUUUUAAUCCA